AUGACGGAGACAAAGAAUCAUGCCGCCCAUGCUCCUUGCCGCAAUGAGAAUAACACACCUGGGUAUGCUCUUCCGCGAGACCUCGCCGAGACCUCUCGCCUGAACAAGCAACACUUCCUCAUUCUCCGUUACCAAGACACCCCUCUCGAACCUCAUAUUCCUCUCGGCCAGGCCAAUAGCAUCCUCGACGUCGGGACAGGCACGGGUAUCUGGCUUGAGGAGCUGGCCAAGGAGGUUUCAGCCGACACCCAACUCGACGGUAUUGAUCCUUCCUCGAAGCAGUUCCCCAAGCAUACCGCUCCGAACAUCCACCUCUCCGAAGCCCCGGCUCUUCCUACGAAGGAAUUGCCCGCAUUUCUCCGUAAACAGUACGAAAUCGUUCAUCUCCGUCUUCUCACCUGUGGUCUGACGGAACAAGAUUACCCCGGCGUUUUGGAUAACAUAUUCGAUAUCCUUACCCCUGGAGGUUGGAUGCAAUGGGUUGAGCUGAUUGUAACAGGCAAGGGCAGCGGGAACGAAUCCUUCAACAAAUGGGCCAGGCUGACCAACGCUGCGCCCCGCGUCCUUGGUCGUUCGAUCGACAGUGCUCAAAAGAUCCCGGAUGUUCUUCACUCUUCGAGUUUCGAAAACGUCAAGGUUAGGAGGUUCAACUUUCACUUUGGUACCAGUUUGGAGAAAGAUCAAGUGGCAUUAGAAGAGUUUGCCGAGAAUGUGGCAACUGUGACAACGCCGCUGCUAGUAGCUCUCGCUGAAUCGGGAACCACUGACGAGAUCAAGACAACAGACGAGGUUGACGACCUUGUCCACGCUGCAUAUGAAGAGAUGCGUGUUCUCAACAUGGAUCAGAACCGGUCUUCUGCGCUGGACGCGGACGACGAGGAGAAUGGAAUGGAGAUGUCCGUUACGCUGGACGUUGACGUGGAGGUGCUGAAGAAGGAGCUGAUUGUUGGGGAAAGCGCCCUUGUGGAGUUAAAUUGA